AUGGGGAGCGACUGGCAUCCACGCAGGCACCCGCAGCCCGACCCCAACCGCUUUCCCCAGCGAACCCUCCCCAGCUUUGCUGAGCUGACCUCGUCGUCGUCCGACUCAGUCCUGCACCGCCCGCGUGACUCUGUCCCGCCGCCGCCUGCUGCAAACACCGCCGACCGGCCUGUCUCACAAUCCACGCCGCCCACGACGCUCGCCGCGCUCGACUUUGCCAGUUCCGCACAGCAAGCCUCGUUCACCGCAAUCAAUCACACGAGCCCGCACGUCAGUCCCCAGGAAGUCGCUGCACCAUCGCAACCACCGCCAAUUGCUAGCCUGCGCCAAGACUCGGCCAUCUCCCAGCACCGUUUCGACACCUCAAAAGAAGCCGAGCCCACUGUUCCUUCCUCUGUUCUUGCCUUUUCCUAUUUUCACCCUGCUGUAGGGGGUAAUGGUCGUCAGCCAAACGCUCCCCGGCCAAUCUCACAUCCUGCUGGGCCCGCUUCUCCCCAUUCCCCAGCGAGUGAAUAUCGCUUAAAUCAACCAUCUGUAGAGACAGGAACCCGCAACCAAAACGGAGCAACCUCACCAUCGUCAUCCUCCAACCCUCACACUUUUGCCGAAUCUUCCAGGUCGCCAGAGCAAGUGCGAGACGCCAACACAGACUCCGGAUCCAAGAGACCACUACCAUCUCCAACGUUAGAUCAAACAAACGGCAGUGGACGACAUCAACGCUACAACGUAAGAUUCAACACCGUCUACACCUCGGAAAACAUGCCGCCAAAUCAAAGACCCCGGCCAGACCCCCAUCCGACAGCCCCUGUGCCAGUGGAGACUCCCGAAGAACAGCCAUCGCCUGAGCACACUAUCAAGCCUUCUGUGGAGCAGGCCAUCUUGGCCAUCACCACUGCAGCUCCUCCCCCUAUGGAGGAUCCGGCGCAACUUCAGCAGCAAAACACGCCCCAAGUGGAGCGGUGCAAGAACUGCGGUGUUCGCUGGAAGCGGCCUUUACCCGGAGAAAACCAGUUCCGACUGAGCUCACCUGCGCAGAACAUACGCGAACAGACGAGAUUAACCGAGGAUUACAUCAAACGACUGGAAAAUCACACCAAAUAUGCCGACGAAGCGUACGCGCAUUGGGUACGCCAACACCAGAUGUGCCCCGCGGCUGCAACCAGCCCGCCCGAGACAGAAGCAGCGCAUAAGUCACGGAGUAGAAGCAUAGAAGACCCUUCACCUCCCAGUCCUCCGGCCCAUCCUGUUUCCGCCAAGCGAAAGUCCGAGAUACCUCACGAAGCCUCAAAGUACCGAAAAGUAGUAACAUUUGACCCUCCAUCCAACCCAACACCACCUGUCCGUUCCACAGCUCCGGCCUAG